GUCAUAAAAUCUCUUAAAAAAAAUAUUUAACGGUUAUCUAACAAUAUUAUAUUAUUAAUUAAAAUUAAUCAUGGUUUCUACUCCAGUGAAGUUUAAAAUGGAAUCAGGAAUACAGUUGCUGUCACGAUUAAGAAAGAAUAAAGAAAUUCGAAAUUAUUACCCAACGUUAUUUGAAUCUGGUAUUAAAAAUGAAGAUUUAAUUGAAAUGUCUAGCGAUGGAAAACGAGCUUCAUUUUUAAUAAUUGACAUUAUUUGUGAAGCUUUAGUUCCAAGUGAGCUCGACGGCCCUGAAAUAGGAGUGGUACUAUUGGCAACCGAUGGAUCUAUUAGUCAUGAAAAAAUAUUAAAAGUUUUGACGCAAAAGUUACUAUUAAAAAUUUCUCAGUAUAAUAGCAAUGGAAACUUAGAUACAACUCUGUUAGAUACCUUAUUACUUAAAAGUUUAAAGAACUUUCAUUUGUUGGAAGUUUAUGAUGCAACUCAAUUUUAUUGUACUCUUUACAACUUUGAAAAUGUGGUUUCGGCAUACCCAAACAUAAGUUUAAUACUUAUUGAAAAUUUAGUAGCAUUUUAUUGGUCAGAGCAAGGUUUUAAAAUAAUAAAAAUGGAUCUUUAUCAAAAAAAAAUACUGAAAAUAGUUCAAACUAUAAUUAAAGAAUACAAAAUUCCUGUUCUAUACUAUAAACCGCAAUAUUUUCAUUCAAGCAAAGAAUCUGAAGACACAAAGAUACAAACAAUUAACUAUAAAAUUGAAGUUUCAAGUAAUUUGAACGAUACUGACAUUUUUAAUGUUUCCAUAUUCACUGGAUCUGAGCAAGAAAUGAAAUAUUUCAAAAUAAUAAAUGACCAAUUAACUUGGUUGAGAGGGGAUAGUUGAAAUAAUAAACUCAUAUUAUAUAAGCAUGGUCAGUAGUGAAGAAUUACUUGAUCACAGCUAUAAAUUUUGUCAAUUUAAUAAUAAUUUGGUUAUCACUAUGUAAUAAUGUUGAUAGUUUUAUUGGUAUUUUUUAUGUUAUUAAGAUAUUCUUUAAGAAAAUUGUAUAGUUAAAAAUUUAAAACGAUAUAAUAAGACUAUUCAAUCUAUUGAAAGAAAUUCAAUCACUUUAAUACAUUUUCAUUAGUCCUCAUCUACCUACUGUUUGUGUGGUAGUUUUCCAAUAGAACUUUAUUUCUUUAAGUAAAAAAAAGGAAAAAAAUGCUACUUUAUUUAUUUAAGCAUUUCUUUAUGUAUAAACAAUCAUAAAAAGGAGUAAAAUGUAACAAUUUCAAUUAUUAUAUAAAACGCUGGGCACUUUGUUUACAAAUAGAGCAAUGUUAGUAAAAGUAGUUGUUGAGUUACUUACACAAAAAAAAUAUUAUUACCACUGUAGGCGGAUUAUCAUAUGGCCUAUCUGAAGACUAGUGGUCACUGUCGCCCAUGGAUGACAGCAAUGCCAUACAUUUAUUUUUAAAUAUUUGGCACUUAAAUGAUGAUUUGAAAUUAAUUUAUGUUUUUCAAUAAAAAAUAAAAAAUGAUACACAAUAA